AUCAAAUGGACAUGACUGACAAGUUUACAGCCGCGGAUACGAUCCGUAUCAUGGUCUCAACCGACAACCAUGUCGGAUAUGGAGAACGUGAUCCAAAUCGCGGCGACGAUUCCUGGACCACUUUCGACGAGAUCAUGACAAUAGCUCGAGAACGAGAUGUCGACAUGGUGCUUCUGGCUGGCGACUUGUUCCACGACAACAAACCAUCUCGCAAGGCCAUGUAUCAUGUCAUGUCGUCUCUUCGCAAGAAUUGUUUCGGCGAGAAACCCUGUGAGCUCGAGAUGCUCAGCGAUGCCUCGGAAGCCUUCCAGGGCGCCUUCAAUCACGUCAACUACGAAGACCCCGACAUCAAUGUUGCAAUCCCAGUCUUCUCAAUCCAUGGAAACCACGACGAUCCUACUGGAGACGGUCACCUGGCAUCCUUGGAUCUGCUGCAGAUGGCUGGCAUGGUCAACUACUACGGCCGCACUCCCGAAUCUGACAACAUUGUCAUCAAGCCUGUGCUACUACAGAAAGGUCGUACCAAGCUCGCCCUAUAUGGCAUGAGCAAUGUUCGUGAUGAGCGAAUGUUCCGCACAUUCAGAGACCAGAAAGUCAAGUUCUACCAACCCGGCACGCAGACAGGAGAUUGGUUCAACCUCAUGAGCGUCCAUCAGAAUCAUCAUGCAUACACCGAGACUGGCUAUCUUCCUGAGAACUUCCUUCCUUCUUUCAUGGACUUGGUUAUCUGGGGACAUGAGCAUGAAUGUCUGAUCAACCCUCGAUACAAUCCGGAGCAGACUUUCCAUGUCAUGCAACCUGGUUCAUCAGUCGCCACAUCUCUUAUGCCAGGCGAAGCUGUGCCAAAGCAUGUCGCGAUCCUCAGUAUCACUGGCAAAGAGUUCAAGUCUGAGCCAAUCCGCCUGAAGACGGUUCGACCAUUCGUGAUGAGAGAGAUCAGUCUUCAAGAUGAUGCUCAUAUGAGGAAGGUUGCCAUGAAGGACGACAAUCGCGCCGAAAUCACUCGCUAUCUCACAACAGUUGUCGAAGACAUGAUCAGAGAAGCUCGCCAAACCUGGCGCGAGGCUCAGGAAGGAGACACUGACGAGCAUCAGAAACCCGAGUUGCCUUUAAUUCGUCUUCGCGUUGAGUACUCAGCUCCUGAGGGUGGUCGCUUUGACUGCGAGAACCCCCAACGCUUCUCGAACCGCUUCUUGGAGAAAGUGGCAAACGUCAAUGAUGUAGUCCAGUUUCAUCGCAAGAAGACUGGCACUAGCAGAAAGAAAGAACAACCUGAUAUGCCCGAGGAAGCCGUCCUGCAACAGCUUACUCUCGACACUGUCAAGGUGGAGAAGCUUGUCAAGGAGUUUCUCACAGCUCAGUCUCUCACAAUCCUUCCUCAAAAUGCUUUCGGCGAUGCCGUCAGUCAGUUCGUCAACAAGGACGACAAGCACGCUAUGGAAGCUUUCGUGAACGACAGUCUUGCAAGUCAGUUGAAGCAUCUUCUGGGUGACGCAAGUGUAGAAGACGAGGAUAUGGCUGAGGCAAUGGAGGGAGUCAAGACGAAACUGGAAGAGUCAUGGGCACAAGGCACGUUGAAGCGUACCGUCAGAAAGGACAAGCUGAAACCCAAGCCAGCCAAUUGGGACUCGGACUUGGAUGGAGAAUGGGCAGCGCAACCAGGUGCACUUGUCCGUUCUGACGAAGAAGCGGCGGACGAGGAGGAGGCAACUCAGCCGAAAGCCAAAGCUACCCGCGGUAGAGGAGGCAAGGCUCGCAAAGCACCUGCUCGCAGCACGGCAGCAAAGGCCAAACAGACGACUCUGAGCUUUUCUCAGACCCCUGCGCCAUCGCAACCACGUAGCACUGCGACUCGUGCUGGUCGCAAGACCGCAGGACCUAGUGAAGAUGAAAUUUCUGAUGAUGAUGAUGAUGCCUUCGAACCUCCUCCCACAGCGUCUCGUUCUGCAGCACGUCGCAAGUUC